UCGAACUGUCAGAGAGAAAAAACAGUAUAUUGUAAAUUGAUGAAAUGCUCGUAAAAUCAAUAGCAUUUUUGUGUAAUUUAACGAAUCUUGCCCUUACCCUAAUAUCUUUUAUCUCGUGAUCCCCGGAUUGUCCCGGUAUUUUAAAAAAUGCCCGGAAAUCAAACGACGACUUCAAAUAAGACCGAACCAGCCACCCUCAAUCGUAUUCAAGAUCUCCGAAGGAUCCUCGAGGAUCUUCGAAUUUCGUUGGAUCUGGAAAGAAGCAGAUUACAGGAGGAAAUGCAAAAGAUCGUUUGGACUACUUAUUGCGCAACGGAUCCAGAAUAUCCGAAAGGACACGAAGAUAACUUGGCUUUGGACGAGGAUCACUUGGAUGUGGGACGGCAGCUACGAACUCAUUCAAUUCAGUUAUCCAGUAGGAGAUACGAUGACUGGAAUGGUUAUCCAGAACGACUGAUAAUCACUGAGGAUUAUAUCGACGGCGGCCAUAUUGCUCGUUCGACACUCUCGAAUCUAUCGAACUUCUACAAGAAAAAGAUUCUCGAUCUUCAGGCGGAUUGCUGCGCGGAAUUAAAUCAGGUCAAGUGUAGAUUUAUCGAGUCUUUUCAGGGUAUGGAAAAUUGGCAAACGCGCAAAAACAAAUAUCGCGACCAAGUAUUUGCAAGGAUAAAAAGUCAUCGAACAGUUGGCGCCACUGUCGCGCGUGACACGAGAGAUGAGGAUGUGUGGAAAAUAGCAGCUGGCGAGCGUAAAUCUCUCUUCAGAUCAAAAUCUCUGGUCGUCGAUAAAGUUCAAAGCUUCUGGUCGAGCAAUGUCUGCUGUACCGGGAACCGUAGCGACGCCGACAUUUGCGGUUUGAUCUACUAGGCAUUCGGAUUCACAUUUCGAAUAUCGCUCGAGUCUUCGACGUUACUGACUUUCACUUCAUCCCAGAGUAAUUCGACGAUAUUUCCGUGGUCAAAUUGAAAACGCUUCUAGCACCAGUAGUACGUAUAACCUCGACGACGUCAUUUUGAAAAAAAAAAAAAAUAAGAAAAAAAAUAUCACAGUAGCAAUACCAGCCGGUGAAUUUGUAAUUGAAUAAUUUGUAGGAUAUAUACAAUAAUUUGUAUCUAUUAUUAUACAUGUUUAUAUCGAUAUCCAAAAUUUGUAUGAAAUAUUCAUUAA